CCCUCGGCUUGAGGGCGAAGGCAACUACAAAUCGCUGCACUGCCCGCGGCCUUGGAACCCAGCCCCUGACGGACUACAGCUCCCGGGAACAAUCCCUGAACCCAAAGGAAUGAAUCCCUAAUGGUGGAGUUUCAGGCAUCAGUGACAGGUUGAACUCGGAUUCCCAGGGCCCAUGCUUCCACCUGACAAAUGAUGGCCUGAGCUAUGAACAGACAGGACCAUACGAACACUCCGGUGCAAGAGCCCCCUCUUGACUACUCCUUCCGAAGCAUCCACGUGAGCCAAGAUCUGUUAAGCGAGGAGCCACGGACAGGGCUACGACCACUAAGGCACGCAAAGUCAGGGAAGUCAAUGUCUCAGUCCCUGUGGCUGAACAACAACGUCCUCAAUGACCUGAGAGACUUCAACCAUGUGGUUUCACAGCUUCUGGAGCAUCCAGAGAACCUGGCCUGGAUUGACCUGUCCUUCAAUGACCUGACUUCCAUUGACCCUGUCCUGACAACUUUCUUCAACUUGAGUGUGCUCUAUCUCCAUGGCAACAGCAUCCACCGCCUUGGAGAGGUGAACAAGCUGGCUGUCCUCCCUCGGCUCCGCAGCCUGACACUCCAUGGGAACCCCAUAGAGGAAGAGAAGGGGUAUAGGCAAUAUGUGCUGUGCACUCUGCCCCGUAUCACCACGUUCGACUUCAGUGGGGUCACCAAGGCAGACCGCACAACAGCUGAAGUGUGGAAACGCAUGAACAUCAAACCCAAGAAGGUCUGGAUCAAGCACAACGCACUCUGAGGUUCCCGGGACCCCAGCAGUCCUAAAGGCCCGGGGAUGGUCAGUUUGGUUUGACAAUAAAUGAUUUGAGCUGUUCAGCAGAAGUCUCUUAUACCGUGUAAAGAUGCCACCCAACUCAGGCAAGCGCCAGUAGCUCUGGUCUUACUUCACUGAAACAAGGAGGAAGUGGAAGGAAAGGCCUGCUGGCUUGGGAGGCCUUGGGAAACUUAUCUAACCUGUCUGGGCCGCUUUUCACUCUUUAGGUCCGAUAUCCUGAGGUUAGAGUUGCUUCACACAGCACCAAGGUUCUGUGGAGAUGCCUCAGAGCCUUCCAUGACAGGAGGCCAAUAAGAUGGGCUGUGACCUCUGAACCCCUCACUUCAAUCAAUCAGAUGAGAGUAGUUUCACUGUCAUGUUUACAUGUCAUGAUUCUACUUAAGAUUUCACUUGAUAAAAAGAAUCUUCUGCUUGAAACUAUGUGUCUGCU